CCUCCUCGAAAUACUCUUCGUUGAGGUCUUGAAUCUUGCAAUAUGGCGGCGAGUCCCACUCAAGAGGAGCGUUUAUCCGAGCCCGAAUGUCCAUCUUCUACUUCUACUUUUAAACGAUUCUAGGAAGCUAGAAAUUAUAUUCAAGUAAUUAAUGGUAUUGUCAAUGAAAUAGGUUAACAGAAAUUUUUAAUGACGUUGAUAAGACAGGGUAAGAAUACGAUUUUGAUCAUUCUGAAGUCGAACGUCGCUCCAUUGUCUUUCGACUGUCGGACGCUAUUUAUCUAGGAAUAACCUCAUUGAGAGGACGAUGGUUCCUUAAUUUCUCAUUACGCCCUGUGACGUAUUUUACAGGAUGGAGGGCAAUGCCAAAACCGGGGCGAUCAAGAAAACGGCGAACAAAAACAACGGUGCCGAGGUCGACGUUUCCACUUUUUUGAGAGAUCGACCGAACAUCGACGCGCGAAAGGAUGAUGCUCCAAUUUGCUGGGAAAGGACAUUCAAUGGCUACAGGGUUAUCGAUUUAGGAUCAGACAACAUCGAGGAGGCUUUGCAGUUAAUUCAGAGAGAAUUCUUCAGAUCGGAACCCAUGUGCAAGUCCACAAAGUUGCACACUGACAUUACAUCGGUGGAAUCGUACUUGCACAUACUCGUGACCAAAAUGGCGGACCUGAAGAGCGUAUGUGCAAUUCGAGAAGGUACAGGCGAACUGGUAGGAGUAGCUGUGGCUUCGUUAAACCUGAAAGGUGAUCAGCAGAGAACCGAGACACGAGUCAGGCCCCACCAAGGUCAGGCUCUUUUUCGAGUGAUGAACCUGAAGAGCUGCCUCUUCAAGGAGGCCAAUAUCUACGAAAAUUUGCAUAUCGAUAAGUACUUGAGGAUACACGCUGUUUGUGUGGAGCCUCUUCAUCAAGGAAGAGGAGUCGGUACCGCUCUGAUAAGGUCCUGUGUGACAAGGACUAGAGAAUUUCUCAUUCCUGCUUGUAUUGGAGGGUUCAGCUCGGGAGCAAGCCAGACCAUAGGUAAUGUCCUAAUUUUAGGAGAAAGAAUUCUCUUUUCUUUUUUAUUUCAAAAGUCUCCUAGAUACUACUACGAGAUAUCAAGGCGAUAUUAACAAAAUGAAACUUCUUGGACGUCAGGACCUUAUUCUCGUGGCAAUCCAAUUUGCAUCCUUUUAUAUCACCUUGACAUAGAAUCACUGACGAGUCUUUCAUUAAUUUCCAGCAAGAAGUUUAGGAUUCGACACUUUGGCAGAGAUCCCUUACAGGAAGUACGAGAUCUCUAGAGGCGACAAACCCUUUGAGCACCAAAAUGGCGGAGACUACUCCGUAGCGUGUAUGGCAUUAAAAAUGACUACGCCUUUACCGGCAACGCCACCAAUUUCCACGACCCAGCGUUCGAAACCUUCGUCGAAGGGAAGCAAAAAGAAAUGAG